GCGAGGUUUCUUAUUCCUUCAGAACUAGGGUUUUCUCUGGGAUUCUCGAAUCGUUAAAAGUUGACAUUUAUAGACCGUUGAUCUUUGAUUCCAAUUCAUUGAUAUAACCGAUGCGUCUGCUUUUGCGAUUUUGAGAAAUUACGCAUUUCACUUUCGUUAGUGAACUAAACAAAAUAACUGUCCAUGUCUGAACGACAAGACAGAGGAGAGGUUUCUCUUUCCGUCAAACACGAGGAAGAAGAUGUUUCACCUGAAUCUUUAGCUUGGGCUGAUUCCUGCAUCGUCAGCUUCCCUGAUGAUUCAGACAACAAUGACUGGGGAACAUUUAGAGAUGCUUUAACAGAAAUCAUUGAUAUCCAUCCACAGAUUUUUGUUCCGACAGAAACAACAACAACAAGUGUCCGGUCUCGAGACGAGGUUAUGUCUGAAGCUGAGUCAGUUCAUGUCCCACAAGCUCCUGCUGCUGACAGUUCAUCGAGUGAACAAGUCAGCGAGAUUGUCUCGUUCCUCACCUUUGAAUCAGACCCGUCCAAGAACUCUUUGCAAGAUCAUUACUUUCCGGUAGAGAACAGAACAGUCCAUGUACCAGUAAUGGACAAUCAUACCACAGGUAUUGAAAGCAUAGAAGAGGAUGUUUCUGAAGAACCAGAGUCAGAAACGCCUCAAGUCUUUAAAGAUGAUUUCAUGAGCAGCAGUUACGUUGAAGACACCAACGCCGACGAAGUUGAUGUUUUGGAGGAUUCGGUUAACUUUACUCCACAAGAGAUUUUCAAGGUGUGGGAUCUGAAGAUCGUGGGAGACGAUGAUGGUGAUGAUGAUGAGGAAGAUGGGUUGGAGAUACAAGUGAAGAAAGCACUCGAUGAGUUCUCCACGGUCCUGCCACCUAAUGAUGUUGUUGUGGAGAAGAGUUAUAUCGAUGAUCUGAUAAGUGGGAUAACGGAUCUGUCUCUCACAGAAACAUUUGAGUGAGAGCAAAGAUGAAUUGAAAGUGUAUUUGUUAAUUUGACGUUAGUAACUUUCUUUUGUUUUUACAGCUCUACUUGACCAACAAAACCUUCUAGACAAUACGGAAGGUUCUCUAAAUGGUCCAUUUGGUUGUUUCCACAACCCACCCACUUGGCCACCUGUUGAUGAGAUUGCUCUCUCUCUCUCUCUCUCGACCGUUGAUGUAGUCUUCACAAUCUCUGUACUUAAACCUCAGCCUUACGAAAACGCAGGGAUUCACGUCCUCACAAAGGCUUUCUAUCAAAACGUUACUUUCCGACGCCAUCUUUGGCUCCAAACGCUAAAAGGGAUUUUUAGUGAAUUUUUCUUGUCUUCACAAAAGAACUAUUUGCGUCUUUAAAUCUUUAAAAUGAUUACUGACCUCAUGAUUAUUGCUUCUCUUAUCAAAUCACCAUUUUGUAAACUUAUAAGCUGUUGCCACUAGUUCUAGUUGAAC